AUGAAAUUCAAAUUCUGUGGGGGUGGUGACUGCCCAGAAUGGUUAUUGGUUCAGAUCAAUGCACUAUCAAGGAUGACAUCGAUUAAAAUGAAACUGUUAGCCCAGUGCACGGUUAAUUCAUUGCUCGGAGAACCAUUCAACUUUGAAAAAGCUAAGGAGCUUAUGGCUGAUGCUAAACUGGAUGUUGAAAACUGUAAAGCAUGUGUAGCUGCAAUCACAUAUAUACUAAAAAAUGCUGCCUGUCAUGCUGUUUCUCAAAAUUAUCUUUCCAACGAAUUACAACAAAUUGGUUUGCCACGUGAACAUGCUUCAGCGCUAUGUAGAGUAUAUUUGGAUAACUUAUCUCAAAUAACUAAAGUGUUGAAGAAUGAAUCUUUGCAAAUUGGUCGUUUAAAUGAUGUGGAUAUAUCCAAAGGAAAUGAUGGCGAAUAUGUGAUUAAAUUAAAUUAUAAUAAUACAUCUAAAAUUAUGGAAGAAAAUAAAUUCACGUUAACCAAGGAACAAAUUCAACUUUUAAUUGCAGGUAUGUAG